GCCGAAGAAGAGGCUGGGUUCCCGUGAUGGAGGCUUGGCACUUGCCCUCAAAAAAGAUGGCGCGGAAGACCUCACGCGCCUCACGCGACCUGACCGCAGGACUCCUGCGCGGCUCAAAUCCCCGCACACGGCGGCCGAGAGGGGAGGAGGAAGCAUGGACUGGAGGGCGGGUGUGGCCGGGGAGGCUCUUGGCAGCUGUUGUGUGGCUGCGCUGCUGGAGCUGCCGGGCGGGAUGCUGUACCCCCGGAAGAGACCGUCGCAGGAGCGCCAGGAGCUGGACGGCCUCUGGAGCUUCCGCGCCGACUUCUCCGACAGCGGAUACAGGGACUUCGAGGAGCAGAGGUAUCCCAAGGGUUACUUUGUCCAGAACACAGACUGACUUCUUCAACUACACGAGACUGGAGCGGUCUGUGGUUGUAUACACAACACCAACUACCUGCAUCGAUGACAUCACCAUCACCACCGGCGUGGAGCAAGAUAGUGUAGAGAUGGAGUUUCACCAUGUUGGCCUGGUUGGUCUUGAACUCCUGACCUCAGAUGAUCCACCCACCUCGGCCUCCCAAAGUGCAGGGAUUACAGGGCUGGUGAAUUACUAGAUCUCCGUCAAGUGCAGUAACUAGUUCGAGUUGGAAGUGCAUCUUUUGGAUGCAGAAAACAAAGUCGUGGACAACGUGGCCGCGACCCAGGGCCAGCUGAAGGUGCCGGGUGCCAACCUCUGGUGGCCGGACCGGAUGCAGAAACGCCCCGCCUACCUGUACUCGUGGGAGAUCCGAGGGAAGGACUUCGACUGUCUGCUGCUGGUGAAGGACUUCAACCUGCUUUGCUGGCUUGGCACCAAUGCCUUCUGCACUAGCCACUAUCCCUACACAGAGAAGCUACAGAUGUGUGACCGGUAUGGGAUUGUGGUUAUUGAUGAGUGUCCCGCUGUGGGCCUGGUGCUGCCAUGAGUCCCUGCUGUGCACCUGCUCCAUCUGGCCAGCCCACGGGCCACACCAUGCCUCUGUCCCUUCCCUCCUGGCCCCCGGCAGCUCUUCAACAACGUGUCUAUGCAUCACUACAUGUGGGUGAUGGAAGAACUGGUGCACAGAGACAAGAAUCACCCUGCCCUGGUGAUGUGGUCUGACCAACGAGCUUGCGUCCUACCUAGAAUCUGCUGGCUACUACAUCAAGUGAGUGCCCCCAGCCUGUCCUGGGCUGGAUCGGGAAGGAGACCCUGGCAGGUGGCAGACGGGUGGACGUGUGCAGUCCGAGAUUAGCGUCCCAUCCCACCCCAGUGGGAGGGCCGUCCAUACCCGGACAGUUCAGGGAACCAGGU